UCGUGCCGGUUUGUGCAAUUGAGGAGGGGAGUUAGCAACUUUGGCAAUAAAAGGGUAAGUCAUCUUGAAUCUAUAACCCUUUGCACUAACCAUAACCGAAGAAGAGAAGAAGUGAGGUUUUUGUUUGGAUUGCCUCCGGUUCGGAAAAUUUGGUAUUUAGGAUCCUUUUCAGAAUAAAUUUAAUUUUCAGCAUAAUUAUGGUAUCCAUGUGAACUAAGACGUGACAGAAUUAUUCACGCUACCAAAAUAUUUAUUCUUCUUAAGAUCUCAAUUUUGUCACAGCAUUCAUUCAGUGGCUGCUGAUAUAUCUAUGACGAAACGAUGAUGAGAAAAUACUGGGAAAACAUACAAAAAUAGCAGGCAAUAAGGACAAGUUUCUUAACAAAUUAAAAUUUUCAUAGCAUAGCAUAAAAACCAUAUGACCUAUCAAAUGAAUAUAAAAGUGAGUGUAAGUAUACCAAUUCAAUUAUUUUAUUAGUGCCGGGUCUGGAAAAUAAUACACAAUAAAAUAAAUAAAUAGGUACCUUAAAAUCCUACAUGAUGCUACAUUGACUGAUAAAAUUUACGAAUAAAAAGGCUUCAAAAAAAUAACAAAUUACCAGUUUUCAGUUGAAACAAAAAUGUCCAAAGAUUUGUUUUGUUUAAAAGCAUUUGAUAAACAUACCAUUAAGAACGGUAUAGAAAAUGAUUCUUCAACGGAAGAAAGUUUAGUUCAAUUGGGAAAAUACUUAGCACCACCAUUUUAUGAAAAUUCAGCAAAACAAAUUCUCGAUGCUUCGGUUAGAAAGGACGAUGUAUGGUUGGUAAGUUAUUUAAGAACUGGUUCAACUUGGUGCCAGGAAAUAAUUUGGUUAAUUGUAAACGAUUUGGAUUUCAAAACUGCAGAAACCAGAAUACAGCAAAUUAGAGCUCCACUUAUUGACACUACAAACUAUCUGAUUAAACAUGUUGACUUCGUAAAAUGUCCGAAGACUGGUUUAAGCAUAUCACGAUAUUCAAACUUCGUUCCUUCCUUAGAAGUUCUAUCAAAACUAAAUGAAGAUGAUCAAGACAAACUCAUCCAAUUGUUCACUGAUUCUCUCGGUUAUGUUGAUAGCUUAUCGUCACCAAGAACCAUCAAAUCACACUUAACAUUUGAACUUUUGCCUGAGCAACUGAUGAGUGUAAAACCAAAGAUUAUUUAUGUUAUUAGAAACCCCAAAGAUGUUUGCGUUUCUCUUUAUUAUUUUUACAAGACUUUUUUGACUAUGGAAAUAGACUUUGAACAUUUUUGCAAGUUAUUUAUGAACGACGCUUUGAUUGCUGGUUCAAUUUUCAAACAUUAUUUGUCGUUUUGGAACAGACGCCACGAAUCAAACAUACUUAUAUUGAGAUAUGAAGACAUGAAGGCAAAUACUUCAAAUACAAUAAGACAAAUUGCCAAAUUUAUUGGAAAAACUUUAUCGGAUGAUGAUAUUGAGGCGAUUUGCAAAUAUUUGAGUUUUUCAAAUAUGCAAAAAAAUACUGCGUGUAACUUUCAAAUAGGAAUAGACGUUUUGCAAUGUGAAGGAGUUUAUAACGACACUGGUAACCACUUUGUUAGAAAAGGAAUCGUUGGUGAUCACAAAAAUCACAUGGCUCCAGAUCUGGUAGAAAAGUUUGACAAGUGGAUAGAAGAUAAUACUAGGGGAACAGAUUUGAAAUUCUAGAUUUACUAUCUUCAUUAUUUGUAUAUUUUAUUGUAAAAUAAUCAUUUACUAAUUAACCUAAUAUAUUCGUGUUUAAUCACUGACUCCUUUUCGUCGGUCCAUACAUUCGGAUCAAUAAUCUUUCAGUGGGGCUUCCUCAAUCCCAGCAGGAGUAAUAGCAAUUCCUCCCAAGGUUACCAAUCUCCAAGGAGUAAUUACUUACCACACCUUUACAUAGGUAGCAAGGUCAUUAAAAGUCUCGACGGAUAAAAAAUUUGAUGUAUAUAAACAUAUAUAAUAUUUAUUGUUCAUAGAUAACUUAAAUUGAAUAAAUAUGAAAAUAUGUAUACCAUAUAUCAAGUUAAUUUUUUUAUUAUGCUGCUGGACUGUAUAAUUGGGAGAAAAGUAUAAACAAUAGGCUUAAAUUUUAAAUUUUUAACUGAUAA